UUUCUACAACGUGAUAUAAGAGGAAGAGACUUUAUAAAAGUUGGAGAUAGAAUUCCUGUUCAGAUCAAAGGAAGUUCAGAGUUACCUGCCCCUGGCACCAUGUCUUCCUCAGCGAUGAAUCGAGUCUUGCAAUGGGCAACGUUCCAUCGAACCUGGUGGAUAUACGAUGCUUCUCACCAAUGUCCAUUCAAGUCUGCACACAUGCUGGCCUAUGUUUUACAAGGUAGACACAAACCGAUAUAUCAUCCCUUAAGUGACAUUGGUGACCAUGUUGUUGUGAUUAAUACAAAACAUAUAAGCAUGAAAAACGAAUUAUGGAGAACUUGGAAAUACCAUCAUCACACAAGUUACCCCAAAGGCAAGUCUAUAACAUCAGCAUGGAGACUUCAUGAGUUGGAUCCAACAAAGAUCAUGUACAAAGCAAUUUACAGCACUUUACCUGGCAACCUGCUUAGGCCUAACAUGAUACGCAGAACUCAUCUUUAUGAAGAAGAGGAUGUUCCAAUUGAGAUUUUGCGGAAUGUAUCUGAUCAACUGAGGCAGCUGCAACCUGUUCCGAAAUAUUUGGAUGAUUAUUCAAAGGAAGAAAUUGAAAGUUUCCCCAAACUUUUUGAUUGGCCAUCGGAUUACGCUUUCGAGGAACCUGAUCAAAAAGCUUGAGGACCCACAGACACUUCAGCGUCACUUUGUAAAAUUCAUUUAUGUUCAUAGUUUUUAAUAAAAUUAAAAAUAAAACCCCCAAAA